CGACUAUAAAAGUUUCCGCAGCCUCCAUCCCCAGCACCACACCCCAAUCCAACCUCUUUCUACUAUCCUUCCUUCUGCUUGGUCUUGGCCAUGGCCCAUCCCCUGGAGCAAGCCCUGGAGGUGAUGAUUUCCACGUUCCACAAGUACUCUGGGAAGGAUGGAGACAAAUUCAAACUGAAUAAAACUGAGCUGAAGGACCUUCUCACCAAGGAGCUGCCCUCCUUUAUCGGGAAACGGGAUGAUGAAGCGGGCCUGCAGAAGCUGAUGAGCACGCUGGACAACAACCAGGACAACCAGGUGGACUUCCAGGAGUACGCCUGCUUCCUGGCCUGCGUGGCCAUGAUGUGCAACACCUCCUUCCACGGGUGCCCUGACAAGAUGCCACGCAGGAAGUGAAUUUGCCCCCUCCCCCCGCGGGGAGGAAGGGAUUCCCUGGCUCUGCCCCAAACGGGGGUCAUCCGCAGACCACCCUCCCCUCCGUGGCCUCUUAAUAAAAUUCAUUUCAAUCUCCUUUG